GUGGCUCAUCCUUCACCUCAUCCCUUUCCUUGCACAAUGUCAACGACGACAGUCAGAUCAUCAGAGCUUCUUUCGCGUCACGAUAUUCUCUAACGUUGUAGACGCCGUCCAACUGCAUGUCGUUCGUUUCAUCACCAGCUCUUUGACUCCUUGGCUACCUACAGACUUCAUGACUUCAACUGCUUGCCCCCGACUCUUGUCUAGUUGGUGCAACCAAUAGCAAAGCCAGCUAGAUCAAGACCCCCUAAAGUGUUUUGUCGCCAAUCGAAAGCCGGACUAUGCGCAUGCGAUUGAUCAUGAAGGCUGUACAAGGAUGGAUGGUCACGAGAGCAAGGGCUGGCCCUGUGUUGCUCAGAGGCCGAAUCGCCGGUAGAACUCCUGGCAGGCCCACGAGACACGCAUCAUCUCAAUUUGGACCAAAUGGUACUUUUCAAGGCCAAGAACCUGACGAAGAGGAGCCACAAUCCAAUGGCCGAGAUAAACAAGACACGUCUUCCAACGUACGUCCGACUCUGUUCAAGAUCUUUGAGGCUGCCGCGACGACCUUUGCUACCAUUGCAGUCCUAGGCUUGGCUGGAUACUCUUACCACGUAUUUUACAAGUCAAUGGUCUUGCGCAAAAUGACCAAAGCCUUUGCGCCUGGCGAUCCAAUGUUGGAACUUGCCUCUCCUCCGGGGCCGCAUGAGCCCCCAGACGAUACGACCGACGACGAAGAUACCUGGGUCGUUCGACCGGAACAGCUUAGGAUUGACGGCAUCGUUAACGGCGAGUCCAAGGGUCGCUAUUACUUGCUCGUCGGCGAAAAAGGAACGGGCAAGUCUUCCAUGAUUCUCGAAGCAAUGCGCAAGAUUCAAGGCGAAGGUGUCUCCAUGUUUGAAGCGCAUGCCGACCUGGAGAUCUUCCGCAUCCGCUUGGGAAAAGCACUCAACUAUGACUUUCACGAGGACUAUAUCGGGUCCUUGUUUUCCAUCCGCGGUCCUCGAGAUACCACGGCGCUCCUCGACAUCGAGCGCGCCUUUAACAAACUCGAAAAGAUCGCACUGCUCCACCGCAACGCUGCACGCAAACCCUUGGCUCGCCGCAAAGGGCCGCUGGUCCUCAUUGUCAAUUGUACACACCUGAUCCGUGAUGACGAAGACGGCAACGACUUGAUCGAACUAAUGCAACAGCGUGCUGAGCAGUGGGCGGCUGCCAAUCUCAUCACCAUGAUCUUCAAUUCUGACGACUAUUGGGUUUACGAGCGCCUCAAGCGAUACGCGACUAGAAUGGAGGUGAUCCCCAUUCUCGACCUUCCCAAGGAUAAAGCCAUCGACGCUCUGACCAGAUAUCGAUCCAAAUACUUUCCUGAGCAAGUCAACGACCCCGAAAUACUGAAACAGGUGUACGAUUCCGUGGGCGGGCGGUUAAACUUCCUUGGUCGAGUGGCCAAGAGCACCGACAUGCUCAAAAUGUGCAAGCAAAUCAACGAAUCCGAAAAGACGUGGUUUCUCAACAAAUGUGGCAUUCUCGGGGAAGAGAUGGACGACGAUGUCAUGGAUCAACAGAAAUACGCCAGUGCCGCCAUGGUCCUGGCCCGGGAACUGGUAAGACGUAGCAAGGAAAUGGACACACAGUACGAUGAAGAAAAGGGUCACAUUCUGCCAAACAUCCCACUCUACAUUUCACGCCAGGUUAUGACCAGAGCCGACUUUAUCCAAAGCUACGACCACGACAAUAUCUUUACCAUUGACAGCUCUGCCAUGGUGCGUGCCGACUCGGUGCCCAUGAUGAAUGCUUUCAAAGAGAUCUGUGCAGAAGAAGGCUUUGAUGAAUACCUCGAAGCAACUCUCGAUCGCAUUUCGGCCAUCGAAAGCCUCAACCGUACCAAGGAAUUGACGUUCAAGGAUCUGUGGACGAUCCAGACCGGGGAGCAGAGAGGCAAGUAUGCUUUCACCACCAAAGACCAUAAGGGCCGCAAUACGGGUAUUUUUGAGAUGAGAGUGGUCCCGGACGAACAACCUGAAGACGAGGACGAUGAAUAAUCAAGUUCGGACAAUGUCAUAAAUUCUGCAGAUCGCAAGUGAUGAUCAGGGAAGUGCAUUCUCUUCUGGGACACAAUCCUCAACACUUCUCAUUAUUCUAUUUUCCGAUCUCCAACGAACUUGCCAAGAAGUUCAGGUACGAUAUUUCUACAACCCCUAUCAAGCUGCUCGUGCCAAAUCACAGCAAUCCUUCCAGUUCUAAGCCGUGUAACUCGGCGAGAUCUGCCAGCAAGAAUAGUAGCAUGUCUAGGAUCUUGAUGAUUUCCAGAACCGGCCAGACUGGGUUCAGAUAUUCAAGAGGAAAUCCUAAAACCCGUGUUGCGUGGGAUGUGUUGAUCAACGCAGCUUUGAUGGCUUGUUGCACCCAGCGCACUGUCUUAAGCGUGAGCAAAUCGAGAUACAAGCAGCAACCGAGGAAGGAGGAAAAUAGAACAAGAGUCGCAUAUUCGACUUGGAGGUCAUUCUGAAGCAUUAGACAGCUUGGGAUCAAGGAGGUGGUGCUCAGCAUCUUUGUGGACGGCUUGGGAGAUUCUUUGCGAAUUUUAUUGUCGCGUUGCCGAUUUUUUCGAAUGCAAUUCAGCUGGUUAGGGCAGCGAUAAUCUGGUGGUCUGCGGGUAUUGUUAUUGAGCAUGUAUGCUCAGUGGAAUGAAAACUAUCUUGAAAGCGGCCAGACCUGGCCUCCGUUCCCAACGUCGCCAACAUUGUCGAACAACCAUGUCCGCUGAAAGAAAGUAGUCUU